GUAUUUUGAAAAACAAUUUGACCUGUCAGAACAGACACAACUGCCCAUGUUUCUCCACUGUAGAAACUCACACGCUGAAUUUUUAGACAUAAUGAGGAGAAACCGAGAUAGAUUUGUAGGAGGAGUGGUACAUUCUUUUGAUGGCACAAAGGAAGAAGCAGCAGCUAUAUUAGAUUUGGAUCUUUAUAUUGGAAUAAAUGGCUGUUCAUUGAAAACAGAAGCCAACUUGGAAACACUGAAAUCAAUUCCUAGUGAACGAUUAAUGAUAGAGACUGAUGCGCCUUGGUGCGGAGUGAAAAAUACUCAUGCUGGAUCAAAAUACAUUAAAACUACAUUUCCUACAAAAAAGAAAUGGGAAGUAGGGCACUGCUUGAAGGACAGAAACGAACCCUGCCAUAUAAUUCAAAUACUGGAAAUAAUGGCGGCAGUAAGAGAAGAUGACCCACUUGAGUUGGCCAAUACCCUAUAUAACAACACUAUUAAAGUCUUCUUUCCAAGUAUAUAAAGUUGUUUUUCUUACAUUUAUUCAGCAUAACUUUAGUAAAUAUAUUGCAAAAACUUAAAAAUUAUCAUAUCUGCAAGAUCAUAUCAAUGGAAGCCACUAUGUAGUGCUUGCUUUUUUUUUUUUUUUAUGGUACAAGAUUAAAGCUGCUUUUGAAAAGGUG